UUUGUAUGUGCUUAAAUGCAUCAACUAUACAUUAUGCCUGCAUAUGACUAUUUCUUAUAAAUAUUUUUUGAAUUGAAAAGAAAUGGAUUGUUAUGUAUUAAAAUAGUUUUGGACCUGAUAAUGAGGGAAAAGCAGCCAACAAGUCAGCAUACAACUCUUAAACAGCAUUUAAAGUGUUUACAUGUUUUAAUACCAGUGAAUGUGCCAGUGAAGUCAAAGCAAAUUGAACAUACACAUGUCAUUCAAUCCUGUUUAAAGACCCAUAAAGUGUGUCUUUGAAUAUGCACCAACACACAUAACAUGAAUGAGUUAUUCUUAAAAUCUAUAAUGUUAAAUCUAAAAUAAAACGAAUCAAUAUCAAUGUUGUAAAGAAAUUAGAUUAUUAAAGGCCUAUAAAGGCCACAUAUAGAUCAAAAAUAGACAAAUUUAUGAUCCUGAACCGGUGGCUCCUGCACCAGUAUAGGGAGAUCAGGACAGUGUGGGUUAACAGCAUCAUAGCCAUAUAAUCACCAACCCCCCUUCAUAUCGUCAGAGACGCAGUGUAGUCCGACACCCACUGCCGCAGCAUCAAGAGAGUGUAAGAAAUGUUGCAAAUAAACAUCGUAGAGAGGGCGAGAAUCUGCAGGCGAUGAUAAGCGUGCAACGCGUUCAAUACAAAGACGAUUUAUGGUGAAACAAGGGUGUGAAUAGGCCCUGGUGGAUUAAUGACCAGCCGUAAAACACAGAUGAGAGAGGAUCAAACAAAGGAAGAAGUCAAAUAGAGAGAGUGAAAUGGUGGUAGAUAAAGAGCAAGACGGGGCCAUGAGCUUUGCACCGCCCUACGACUCGCUACCAGCUCGGCCGAGUCCCUGUCGUUCAAAAGAGUGGGAAAGAGAGCUGCAUGGUGAUCAAAGACUGUCGUCCCCACUUCGAGCAGCUCUGCCUUCCGUUUCCCGACGGCCUUCAGCGCUCCCUGGAUAUCUGCUCUCACCCUCCCGAGAGUAUGCUGAUCAACAGCAACGUCUUUCAUUAUCGCUGUGCUCAGAGACCUCACUGGCACCCCCUGUGCCUGCUGUGGGUGCUGCUCCACCUUGCUGCCGGAUGGUGGGAGUGAUGCCCUUGCUGCGCCUUGCGCUCCUGAUUUUCAGCUUCCUUUUUUGGGCAGCAGGUCUUGCGAUCCUCACCUUAGGAGUCUGGGCACAAGCUUCGGUGUUUGACUACAUGCUACUCUCUACGAACCGCUACCCAAAUGCACCCAUCAUCUUGUUAGGCACAGGUGCUGUUGUGACCACUUGGGGCUUUUUGGGAUGUUUUGGAGUGGCUGCGAACCUUCCCUACCUUCUGCGGGCAUAUGGCUUUUUCCAGUUGGCCACACUCAUGGGUGGACUAGCGGCGGGUCUCUCGGGGCUGUUUUACAGGGAGGAUAUUGCCGAAGGUUUCCGUAGUGGGCUUAAGAAUGCUGUGUUGGACUAUGGAGAAGAUGAGGGCCGCGCAGAUGCACUGGACAGUCUGCAGAGGGCACUUGAUUGCUGUGGCGCUGAGGGUUGGCGCGAUUGGCUCAUGUCCGUUUGGGCUAUUCAGGAUACUGUUUACUCAACAGGAGGUUUGGGGAAUGAUUCUUCUGCUGUGUCGUUGCCAGACAGUUGCUGUAUGAAACGCAAAGGCUGUCUUAAUAGACCAUUGCCAGAGAGUGUAUUCAGCGACACUGAACUCGCAGGGAUUCAUGCUCACGGUUGUUUUCGCAAAGUCUUCAGCUUGGUAAAUGACAACAUCUUUCAUAUUGCAGCAACAGUCCUGUGUCUUGCUUUCACCCAGGUGGCAGGUAUAGCCCUCACUUGUCUGCUUGCCAAUCGUCUUUCACCCAGACUGCGAAGACAAGCCCCUUGAAAUUAAAAAAGCAUCAUGAAUUUGCCUCAUGUAGACUUUCAUUAUACUUGCUGCAGUUUCUUGAGUUUUUAUGGAUGAGACCAGCAAAACGUUUUUGGACAAAUACAAAAAUUAACACUGCAAGUGUGUCAUAAAUGUUAGAUUGAAUGUUUAAAAUGUUAAUUAUCUUAUAUAUAAUUAAAGUUUGCAUGACUCUGAAUGACUUGUGUUUUUGUCCAAUAGUCCAUUUAGC